AUGACUUCGAUUGCCGCCCUGCAAGCGGUGGAGCAAGGCCUGUUCACGCUGGAUCAGGACAUCUCGCCUCUCAUCCCGGAGAUUUCGAAGAACGGGGUCCUCCAAGGGUUCACGGAAGAGGGGAAAGCCAUCGUCGAGGAGAGGAAGAAUCCCAUCACGCUCCGCCAACUCAUCACCCAUGCCUCCGGCGCCACGUAUCCCACUUUCCACCCGUGGACGCUCAAGCACCAGACGCAGCGAGGCAUCGACCCGCUCGGGCAGAAUAACGCCGCUACCGUCACGGAGAGGCAUGAUGCCGCGAUGGUCUUCCAACCCGGCGAGGGGUGGAUGUAUUCUCCCGGCCUGGACUGGUAUGGCCUGCUCCUCCAAAGAAAGACGAAAGGGCAGUAUGAUCUCGAAUCCUGGAUGCGGGAAUUCCUCUGGAAACCGCUCGGGAUCUCCCAGGCAGAGAUCACCUUCUGGCCCGACGAAGCCAUGAAGCGAAAGAUUCCGCCGUUGAUGGUGAGGAAUUCCGAGGGCAAACUGUGCCCCAACACCGCCGACACGAUCAACACCCUCUCCACCGAGUGUUUCGGCGGCCACGGCGCCUACGCGGAGUUAUCCGCCUACACCAAGAUCCUCCGCUCCCUGCUCGCCGACGACGGCACGCUGCUCCGCAAAACCACCGUGCGCGAGAUGUUCCGCCCCCAGCUCGGCGAUGCUUCCCGCGCGGCUCUGAACGGCUUCAUGCAGCGCACCGUCGCUCUCCUGCCGGGCGAUCUGGACCCGGAAAUCCCCGUGACGUAUGGUCUGGGCGGCAUGUUGUUCGAGGCAGGCGAGGUGGAUCGGCGGUUGAAGGGCACGAUGAAUUGGAGUGGGCUGUUUAAUUGCUUUUGGAUUCUGGAUCGCGAGGCGGGGAUUGCGUGA